ACCAUGAAAUGAACUUAUAAAAACUCCCAGAAAAAGGACAUUCUUGAGCCGGUGAACCAAUUCUGAUAAAAUACUCACAUUUGUGGACACUUUUUUCUGCACUUUUGGCAUUCCUUCAUGCUCACAUCUUCAACCAAAGAUGACUGUGCAUCAAAGUUGUGUCCACCCAAAGAAUCAAUCUUUAUCCCAAACAGAACCCCCCUUGUCUACUCUUCCUUUACUCUGGGCAAUAAUUCCAAGUACUGCAUUUAUAUAAAAACCUCACGUUGUUCUACCUUUGAGUCUUUCAAUGCACUGGCAUUGGAGUGCAACAGCGGGGCUAUAAUCAGAAGCCUCUUUUUCUUUAUAUCUUGUGGCAUUGCAGUUACCAUAACUGCAAGAGGGUCAUGGUCAUGGAAACAAGUAGAGUGAAAAAGAAUGUCGGGAUACUUCUCCUCUACCUCACUUUGGCUGCUAUUUCUCUCACUCAUUGUGAUGCAGAUAAAUCAAUGAGACUAUUGAGAGGCCCUAAACAUAGAAGAAAUACAACCAACAAGAACCCAAAGAAGUUGAAAACGGUUAAGCAUUUUGAUGAGAACCCAACCAUAUUAUCAUCAAAUGUACAACCCUAUAGUCUCAGCUCCCCAUUUUCUUUGCCCCCUUAUGAAUCACUUGCUCCAAUCCCAUUGCCAGAAAACAGCCCUCCAUUUUGUGUGUUUCCACCACCAGGUACUCCUUCCACCACCAUUCCCACACCUACAGGCUUUCAACCAACCACACCAUCACCUCCAUACUAUGACACCUCACCAGUCUUUCCAGGCCCUCCAAGCCCACCAGUGUCCUUUCCCACACCAACCCCAGAAACUGUUCCAGGCCCACCCAGCAUCACGCCGGGCUCGCCCGAACCCGUGCUCAACCCUCCCAUCAUUAUUCCAAGCCCACCUGACUCCUCCAUGGGCCCACCCAGGAUCACACCAGGAUCGCCGGAGCCCAUACUCAAUCCUCCCAUCAUUAUUCCAAGCCCACCUGACUCCUCAAUGGGCCCACCCUACUUUGAGCCCACCCCACCACUCAUAAUCCCUUCCCCCACAGGUGGCAUCACCCCAGGCCCACCAUCCCCCACUGAAGGCACUGUGCCAAGCCCAAGCGUGUUUCAGCCACCUGUGGUGUACCCUCCACCAAGUGUGCCACCACCACCCAACUAUGCCCCUAGGACCACCUUGUGGUGUGUGGCUAAGCCCUCAGUCCCAGACCCAAUCAUCCAAGAGGCCAUGAACUAUGCUUGUUGGUCAGGAGCGGAUUGCACCUCAAUUCAGCCCAAUGGGCCAUGCUAUGAGCCCAACACUGUGUAUGCACAUGCAUCAUACGCUUUCAAUAGCUAUUGGCAAAGGACUAAAGGGGCUGGUGGCAAUUGUGAAUUUGGAGGCACAGCCAUGCUGGUUGCAGUUGAUCCUAGCUUUGAUGGGUGCUACUUCAUCUACAACUGAUCAUUGGUUUUUUUUUUGUUUAUUGUUUUUACCUUUAGAAGAACAAAGCAACUUUUGGAUCCCACCAAUGUUUGAAGAGUGAAGACACUCUUUCUUUCAUAAUCUCCCCCUUUUUUUUCUUGUGCAAAUAAGUUACGUAUGUAUGCCACAGUGAAUUACACACAAAGAUUUUGUAUUUUGUAAGUAACAAAUGUAUAUCACCAUUGACUUGUA